AUAAUUGAAAAAAAAAUGAUUGAAAAAUGAAAAAAGGUUGUAAAUUGAAAAAAGAAGAAAGAGAUUCAAUUUUUUGAAGAAGUUGAAUAAAACUUGGUUCAUUAAUCUGCUCUGACCUCUUAACACUUGAAAAUACGUAACUUGGAAGAUCCAGUCGUUAAAAGAAGAUAAUGAAUGACUUCAUAAAGACGCAAUUCCUUCUGAGAAUUUCAAAAUGAUGCUCUCAAGUUAAAACGCCAGUCUGUUUAUAAUCAUCUGCAGAGUGAGACAGUAGUGCCAGUUUCAAAUUCAAGAGCGCACAAAAGGCCUCACGUCGUCAUGAAAUUAAAUGUGCUCUUAUUUAUCUUCCUUCUAAUAUUUAUACUCCAUGACACGAUAGCAAGAAGAUCGGGUGGCGGCGGAAGUAGAGGAAGCAGUGGUGGGAGCAGAUUUGGCAGUAGUUCCGGAUCAAGAGGAUCAAGUAGUUCCAGUAGUUUCUUCGGUAGCAGUUCCGGAUCAAAAGGAUCAAGUAGUUACAGUAGUUCGUACGGCAGCAGUUCAAAAGGAUCAUCAUCAUCAUCGUCGUCGAAGCCAUCAUCAUCUUCAAGUAGUUCAAGUGGUGGAUGGUUCACCAAUAUUUUUAGUUCAAAAAAAAAUGAUCCUCCAAAAUCGAAACCAGUCACUGCUGCACCACCGCCAAAAUACAGGACUCCGCCGUCAGCCCCUGUCUUUGAGAACAAUUAUAAAACGAAAUAUUCUCCGCAAAAUAAUAGACCAUCGGCAGUGAACAAUAAACCAGCAAAUUCCUAUGUGACUCCUCCGUCGGCUCCUCCAGCAGGUGGAUCCUUUGGUGGAUAUUAUCAAGGCCACAAAAGUGGAAUUAGUGCAAAACCGCAAGUUCCAACCUAUGCUCCACCAUCUUUAUCGAAACCGAAAAAAUUUAAUCCUCCAUAUCCUGUUGGAUCACCGCAAGGUUUACAUCCAGUUCCCCAUAAUACUGGAUCUCUGGGUUCAUCAAUUACGUCGUCUAAACAUCCACAAGUUUCGUCUGGUUCAAGUCCUUACAAUCCUUAUUACAAUAAUGGAAAAACUGGCUCUAGUCCAUACAAUCCUUAUUAUUACAGUACUGGAAAAAGUGGUUCUAGUCCUUACAAUCCUUAUUACAAUCCUGGAAAUUCGUAUUCUAAAACAGGAAUUCAACUGCAAAAUCCAUCAUCAGGAACAAAUACAGGAUUUUAUGGGAAUCAGGGACAUAUUCCACAAACGCCAUCUGCCCCGUAUCUUCACCCAGGUUCUUCAGGAUAUCAUCAGAAUUAUCAAUCUGGUGGGAAUUCAUUUUCUCAACCGGGAAUUAUUUAUGUGCCGAGUGUUGUUUCCCCUCAACGAGGAACUGGAGAUAUUUUCAAAGAAGCUCUAGUUCAUUCGACAGUGAACGCUGGAGUUAAUGCUGCCGCCAAUAGAAUUUUCUAUCCAAGUCAUUUUUCCGGAAAUCAUUAUAAUGGUUAUGGUUCGAAUUCGAAUGGUUAUGGUGGUGGCUCUACCGGAGGUACGACUCACAUUGUUCAUAAUAAUUAUUAUUAUGACAAUAAUAAUAAUAAUUAUCCUUCGAUCGAUUCACAAGGAACCGGAAAUAAUGCCAUCACACAUUCUGAUAAUCAAAAUAAUCCAAAUAAUCAAAAUGAGAAAAAUAAUCCUAAUAAUCAGAAUGAGAAAAAUAAUCCUAAUAAUCAGAAUGAGAAAAAUAAUCCGAAUAAUCAGAAUGAGAAAAAUAAUCCGAAUAAUCAAAAUAAUAAAGAUGAGAAUAAUCCGAUUACUUCCAAUUAUCACCAUCAUCGUCAUCAUCAUGGGAAUAGUGCAAGUACUUCGAAUAAUUUAAAUAAUAACAAUAAUCAGUCGGAAAUGAAUUCAUUUAAUAAUGAAUUGAGUCCAAAUAAUUCUUAUCGGCAAUUAAAUAUUACGGACGAUGAGUUGAGAAAUUUAACAGAGGAUCUUUUUAGUCGAGGAGAAUUUGAUAAAUAUAAUAUUGAAUCUAAUAUUAAAUUGAAUCUCCAAAAGAAGGUCAACAGCACAAACGUCACUGACGAGUCAAUUGAGCCAUUGCUGACGAUUCAAGACGAAAUUUACCAAAUUCCAUCGAUCGAGUUGAUAAAAUUGCUGUACGAUAAUUAUGAGUACGAUUCGCAAAUAAAGGAAAAAAUCACUGAGGAAAUGCUAAAGGAGCAGAAUAAUUUUUUGGAAGUUAUUUUACAAACGAAUGUAAUGUCACGAUUGAUGAAAUGGUUGACGAAGAAAAAUUUCAUUGCCUCUGAUAUGCUAUCGAGAAAGGAGAUUUUAACCAGAAUUUGGUUUACUGAAAUUGAAGGAUCAACGUCCGCGUUCGAGAGGACAUUUAUGGCAGAGAAUUAUUGGAAUACAAGUAUAAUGGGCUUGCAAAAUUGGAUUUAUUUCAAUCAUUUGGAAGCAAAAAAGGAAAUUGAUUACAUUGGCUAUAUGGAGAAUUUAGAUCUCGGAAAUGAGGGAUCUCUAUUGAAAAUUGUCGUUAAAUCGAAGGAAAUUAUUCAACCGACGACGAUAUUCAUUGGAACUUUGCCCGAAUUAGAAAUGGCAUUAUACACAGUUUGUUAUUUUGCAAGACCGAAUGAAUCGUGUCCAGUUUCUUUGGGUGGAACAAAAUUCAAUAUUUUCACGCACACUUUCCAUUCGUGGGGAAAGGAUCUUCUGGACGUUGCUGUUCCGGUUUUAUAAAUUAUCAAUAUAUAAGAAUUUUUUAUUUCUCUCAAUAUUAAUAUUGUUUUCCUCUCAAAUUAUUUUUUAGAGAUUAUUUAUUUAUACAUAUUUUAUAGGAUUUUCAUUAAUUUUCAAAUAUUUCUCUUAAUUUCGCUAAAAAUACUUAUGAAUAGAAUUAAAAAAUAUAUUUUCAGAUACAUAUAGUUUCUAAAGAGACAAAAAUGAAAAUAAUAGUUUGUAAAAAAAUAUUUGUUACAGAAAUAAAUUACUUUUUCAAAUUUA